AUGAAGUAUAAGGGUCACCGUCGCCGCCACCGCCGUGAUUUGCAGAAAGCAGCUGCCAUUGGGGACAGGCUAAGCAAACUGCCCAAUGACUUGCUCCUCAACAUUCUGGAGAGGGUGGGUACACUUGAUGCUGUGAGAACCUGCGUACUCUCGAAGCAAAUGCGGAAGCUGCCCGCUAUGCUCUCAGAGAUCGUCAUAGUUCCCAGGGACAGCGAUUUGGUUCGAAUGAAUGGUGUUUUGGCUCAGCUGAUAGACAAGAUCCUUAGCACAAGGUCUCCACUGCUCACAAUCAGGAAGCUGAUGAUAAGAUUCGUCUUGACUCCUAACGAUUGUCGCUCAAUUGGCAAAUCUGUUGGCAUGGCGAUGGCGACGCAGAUACUGGACAAAGCUGAGUUUGAAGUCGUGACGCCCCAGAAUUCUUUUUAUUGCACUCAUGCCGAUUUCCUGAACUUUGGCAAGCAGUUCAGUACGUUUGUUGCUGAUUGUCAGGAUGCAUUUGCUGGUCUCACGCGACUUAAACUGCAGAAUAUGAGGUUUGGUGAAUCAGACAUACCCAAUAUCCUUAGCACUUGCAAGCUGCUGGAGUCAUUGUCUUUCUUCGAGUGUGAUGCGGGGUUUCGGUUGGUGCUGCAUGUUGAACAUGCUAGACUCAUUGAGAUUGAUAUUACCUAUGGGGAAUUCAAAACCGUGGAGCUCGACUGUCGAAAGCUCCAACGAAUGAGGUACGAUAAUUGGCCCUGUGAUGAAAAGCCCUUGGUUCUUGGUUUUGUCCCUCAGCUUUCAAAGCUAAGCCUUGCUAAUGAAGGUCUUCCAGACAUGACCCUCAUGAUAAGCCAGCUGCUUGCUAAUGCCCCCGCUGUAAGAGAUCUGUAUCUUGAUUUUCGAAGUGAAAAGAUUUGGAUUCAACCAGAAUGCCCUAGAGUGCUCGCUCCUCUGCUCGGCCAACUGCAGUCUGUGAAUCUGGACAAUCUUCCGGAAGAAUGUGCUAUCGCUUGGACAAUGUUCCUUCUUCAAGCUGCACCAUCCGUAGAGGACCUUUGCAUCUCUGUACGGGAUCACAAGUGUGGAAGUGAGUCACAAAAGACUCGCACCAAGAAAACGGAUGUGAAGUGGGAGCAAUCUGGUCCAAAGUUCAAGCACAAGAAUCUUGGCAAGCUAACCAUCUAUGGCUUCGAGUUUGACGGCAACUUCAUGAGAUACAUCAGGCGUGCCAUGGAAGCUGCGGUGAACAUCAAGGAGGUGUCUCUACAUGACAGGAAGGGGAAAGGCAUGUGUAGUGGUAGUAUGUGA